AUGGUAAAUGUAAAUGGUUUUGCAGGAGGGUGUACGAAAACCAAGGAGGAGGAGGGGCAGGCCGCCGAGGAAGACCCUCAGUCCUACCAUGGUGUGGGUGUAUGCAAGUGGUUCAAUGUUCGGAUGGGUUUUGGAUUCCUAUCUAUGACCAGACGAGACGGUGUGCCUUUAGAAACUCCAGUUGACGUGUUUGUCCAUCAGAGUAAACUGCACAUGGAGGGUUUCCGCAGUCUGAAGGAGGGCGAGGCAGUCGAGUUCACGUUCAAGAAGUCCUCCAAGGGUCUCGAGUCUCUGCGGGUGACGGGUCCCGGAGGAGCUCACUGUGUGGGCAGUGAGAGGAGACCCAAAGGCAAGAGCGUCCCGAAACGCAGAGCCAAAGGAGACAGGUGUUACAACUGUGGCGGUCUGGACCAUCAUGCCAAAGAGUGCAAGUUGCCUCCGCAACCCAAAAGAUGCCAUUUCUGCCAAAGUGUCGCGCACAUGGUCGCCAACUGUCCCGCCAAAGCCCAGCAGUCGCCGCAGGGCUCUCAGGGGACAUCUGCAGGUCCCAUCGUGGAGGAGGAGGAGCACAGUCAUUCACCCACCAACUGA